CAUGCACUAUAGCACCAAAAAACAGAAGAUUUGUCUCUGAAAUGGUCUAAUUUCGCCAUAACCACCGAUCCCACACCCUCUAUUUGUCCGCAUCCACCAUCUCUCUGCACUCACCGUCACUGCUAUGCACCAUUACACUCGCAUCAUCAUCGUUAUUGUGUCUCGUGUUUCACACAUUUUUCAUUUCUUUUGAAACUACCCAAUCAUUCCUACAUUGUGUUUUUCAUUUUCACGCUAAGAUCUGUUCUUCCUUCCCAAUCCCGCCUCAGAUGCAGACUCUCCCUUCUUUGUCUUGCAUCAGAGGUUUUCUCCCCUCUUCCCUCUCAUGAAUCUCGCUCUCCCUUUAAAUUUCUUCACCCAACUCGGAUGUGGCUUCGUGCUUUUCACAUGUCUCUCUCGCUUUCUCAAUUUUCUCGGCAUGGUUUUGAUGCUAGGUUUCUGUUUCAAGAUUCUUCACUUGGGUUGGCGUUUUAAGGGUACACUUCGUUUCCUAUGUAAUUUUGGAGGCAUGCCCAGAAUUCGUCUCUGUUUGGAGAACAUGAUAUGGGAAGUUUCUAAGCCAAAGGUUCCGUCUUUGGAUAAUGGGUCUGACCCGAAUACCAAUUCUGUGAUCAAGAAGAGCUCUAAUGUUGCUGGAGAGAAAGUGAGAGAUGGUUUGGAGAAUGGGUCGGAAGGAAAAGACGAGAGUGAAUGCGAGGUUGGGGAUGUGGAUGAGGUGUUUGAUGUAAAGACUCUGAGAGAGUUGAUAAAGCUUGAGCGCAAGAAAGCCAAUGCUGCUUUUGCGGAGCUUGACCAGGAACGAACAGCUGCUUCUUCAUCGGCGGAUGAGGCAAUGUCGAUGAUUCUCCGGCUUCAGAAUGAGAAGAGCUCGGCUGAAAUCGAAGCUAAUCAGUUCCGCAGAAUGGCUGAGCAGCGAUUAGAGUAUGAUGAUGAAGUGAUUGAGUCUUUGCAAUGGACUAUCACACGGCAUGAAUCUCAUAGGAGCGUGUUGGAAGAGCAGUUGAGGGUUUAUAGAGAAGAGCUCUAUCGAUAUCUUGAGGAGGAUGAGAUAGAACAACUUGAAGCCGGUGUUAAUAGGGGUAAGAGUUUUGAGAAUGAAGCGGCUGAUUCUGGGAUAGAACAGCAUGAAACCAAUGUUAGUAGGGGUAAGAGUUUUGAGAACGAAGCUGUUGAUUCCGAGAUAGAACAACUUGAAGCCGAAGUUAGUAGGGAUAAGAAUUUUGAGAACGAAGCUGUUCAUUCUGGGAUAGAACAACUUGAUGCCCAAGUUAGUAGGGGUAAGAGUUUUGAGAAUGAAGCUGUUGAUUCCGGGAAAGAACAACUUGAAGCCGAAGUUAAUAGAGAUAAGAGUUUUGAGAACGAAACUGUUGAUUCCGGGUUAGAACAACUUGAAGCUGAAGUUAAUAGGGAUAAGAGUUUUGGUAACAAAUCUGUUGAUUCUGGGAUAGAACAACUUGAAGCACAAGUUAGUAGAGAUAAGAGUUUUGAGAAUGAAGUUGUUGAUUCCGGGAUAGAAAAACUUGAAGCCAAUAUUAGUAGGGGUAGGAGUUUUAAGAAUGAAGCAGUUGAUUCUGUAGUUAGCACUUCUGAAACCAGAUCACAGACCUUGUAAGUUCCCAAGGUUGUGUUAUAUACAAAACAAAUGCGUUUACUUCACUUUUCUUUUGAACUUUUUUUGUGUAGUGUAAAUUAUAUUAAUCCAUAACUUUAGUAUUGAUAAUCUUGAGCGUUAAUGUAUAUAUUGAUCGAUAUUGAUGUUUUUGCAUGCUAAUUAAUUAGAUUCCAGUUUCAGGUUUGUUAGUGUAGAUUAUAUUAUAACUUUGUUGAAUGAAUGCAUCCAAACAAACAGAUUUCCGGUA